AUGAUGAAUGCGUCCGAUAUCAUAAAGAACGAAGCAGGUACAGUGGAGAUCCAACAAGUAAGUAAAAGGCUUCUACAACCAAUCUACAACGGUGAUCAACCUAUCUCGACCACAAUGUUUGUCCCACUUACAGUCUUUGAUAGAUUGGCAGAUGACAUGCACGUACCGAUAUUAUAUGCUUAUAAACCACCAAACCCAUCAAACACAUUGUUAGAACAAGGCCUUCGAAAAGUUUUAUCUGAGUACCGAGAAUGGGCUGGUAGGUUCGGUCACAGAAGUGUUGAGAUUGUAAAGCGGAAGAUCAGUAAAUAUUCGAUUCCGCUUCCUUACACAGAAGACGAUUUGGUACAACAGGUUCUUCACUGCACGCCCGAGUUCAUAGCCAUGAUCAAGAGUAAGGCUUCUUCUUCACCCUCUUAUUCUUUUUCGGAUGUUAAUGGUGGCCAUAGGCCACCUUAUAGCACCUCUGUGUGCUUGGUUGCACAUUUAUGGAAAGUGAUCACAAGGGUCUGGAGACUUGCCGAUUCUCAAACAACAUACGCCAAAAUCUCAGUGAACGGGAGGAGAAGGUUGAGGCCUCGUAUUCCAGAUGAGUUCUUCGGCAAUAUGGUACUCUGGGAUUUUGCUGAAACUCGAGGAAAAAACCUUUACGACGAAUCUUUGAGCCACAUAGCAGAGAUAAUACAUAAAGAGGUGACAAAGGUAGACAGCAAUUACUACAAAUCUUAUAUAGAUUUCGCAAACAAAAAUUUGAACGAUGACAAUCUGACACCGCGGAAAGCAGAUCCUCCGAGUGUGCCAUCCUGCUGGCCGAAUUUGGAAAUCCAAAGCUGGCUUGGUUUUACAUACAACGACGUUGAUUUUGGUGUUGGUAAACAUUUCAUUUAUAUGCCAUCAUUUGACCCUCUGGAGGCAGAAACAUACCUUGUUCCUUCGAUUGUUGGUGUUGGAAGCAUAAAUGUGUAUAUAACUUUGUUUCGGCAACACCAAGCACUAUCGAGGGAAUUGUUCUACAACAUUUAUGGGAUUUCUUCCGCACUGUAA